ACGCAGAGGCUAAACAGCUGUUCGCGGAAUGUUCGUUUCGUUCAUUUCAUAAGUUAUAUGUACAUAACACGUAUACCUAUAAGUAUAUAGGCAUACAAAGUACAUUUGUAAUAAAAGUUUACGUAACAACAUUGCUUAUAAUUCGACAAUAAAUUUUAUACAAAUUUUGGAUGGAUUACCGUGAGAAGCUUGUAAUAGUAAAUAUAAUUAUUUUCUAACCUAUGUCUAAUUUGAUAUUCGCUUUGUCACUGUUUAUCAAAUUAAUGUAGAUUGUUUUGAAAGCAAUUUUUUCGAGCCUGUCAGAUAAUUGACUCAUGUUAUGAUUUGGGGACGAUGUUGUGUUCAAAUAAUUCGAUUGGUUUCUGACUUUUCGAAAAACUAUGCAAAUAGCAGAAGUAGAGGUAUUACAUUUGCUGAAUGUAAAAUUUACGCUAAACAAGCAGCAGUAGCUCACUCAAUUGUAUCUAAAAAAAUGUCUUCAACAUCAAGUGACAUGGGAAACAAACAAAAUAAACAUCUGAAUAAAUUGGCUCUAGAAAAAUCACCUUAUCUUUUACAACAUGCUACCAAUCCUGUAGAUUGGUAUCCUUGGGGAGAAGAAGCUUUAGAAAAAGCUCGAAGAGAAGACAAGUUGAUAUUUUUAUCAGUUGGUUAUUCUACUUGUCACUGGUGUCAUGUAAUGGAAAAAGAGUCAUUUGAAAAUCCCGAAGUUGCUAAAAUUAUGAAUCGAUACUUUGUGAAUAUCAAAGUAGAUAGAGAAGAAAGACCUGACAUUGAUAGAGUUUAUAUGACGUUUAUACAGUCUAUUUCAGGACAUGGUGGUUGGCCAAUGAGUGUAUUUCUAACACCAGAUUUGACACCAAUCACUGGGGGUACAUAUUUCCCACCCGUAGACAAAUAUGGUCAGCCAGGUUUUUCACGAAUCUUGGAAAGUAUAGCAACAAAGUGGAUUGAAAGUAAACAAGACCUUCUUAAGUCUGGUUCAAAAAUUCUACAAGUAUUAAAAAAAUCUGUAGAAUCAAAGGAUCCAGAAGAGGCUAGUGUACCAUCUGUUGAUUGUGCAAACACUUGUGUAAAACAAUUGAUAAAUGGUUUUGAACCAUCAUUUGGAGGAUUUUCAAGAGCACCUAAAUUUCCUCAGCCUGUUAAUUUUAAUUUGUUAUUUUUAAUGUAUGCAAGAGAUCCAACUGGAGAAACCGGUAAACAAUGUUUAAAUAUGUGUGUUCACACUUUGACAAAAAUGGCAAAUGGUGGAAUUCAUGAUCAUGUUGGUCAAGGAUUUUCAAGGUAUUCAGUGGAUGGAAAAUGGCAUGUUCCACAUUUUGAAAAAAUGUUAUAUGAUCAGGGUCAACUUCUACGAUCAUAUUCAGAAGCUUAUUUAGCAUCAAAGGAUCCGCUUUUUGCAGAAAUAGUUAACGAUAUUGUAACUUAUGUCGCUCGUGAUUUGCGACAUCCCGAGGGAGGCUUCUACAGUGCAGAAGAUGCAGAUUCUUUCCCAAGUUUCGAAGAUACUGAAAAAAAAGAGGGAGCUUUUUAUGUUUGGAGAUAUGAGGAUGUAGAAUCUCUUCUAGACAAGGUCAUAUCGGAAAAAGAAGGUUUAACAUUAUCCGAUCUGUUUUGCUAUCAUUUUAAUGUCAAACCAGAGGGAAAUGUUCAGCGCCAACAGGAUCCCCAUGGCGAAUUAAUGAAUCAAAACGUUUUAAUAGCUUUUGGUAGUAUAGCUGAAACUGCUGAACAUUUCAAACUGAGCAUCGACUCUGUAAAGGCUCACCUUGAAAAAUCUAUAAGUAUACUUUUUGAAGAACGCAACAAGCGACCGAGACCUCACUUGGAUGACAAAAUUGUCACUGCCUGGAAUGGGCUUGUAAUAAGUGGCUUGUCGCAUGCCGCAUCGGCGUUAGACAAUCCAAAAUAUACAAAGUUCGCGGAAGAUGCAGCUCGAUUUAUCGAACGCUACCUCUACAACAAGGAUGACAAGGUUUUGCUUCGAAGUUGCUACCGAGGCGAUAGCGAUCAAAUCUUGCAGACUAGUGUUCCGAUUAAAGGAUUCCAGGUGGACUAUGCGUUUGCCAUCCGAGGACUGCUCGAUCUCUAUGAGGUGAGCUUCAACGCCCAUUGGCUCGAAUUCGCUGAGGAGCUGCAGGAUAUCCAAGACAGUCUAUUCUGGGAUGAUAAAAGUGGCGGAUAUUUUUCCACGACCACAGACGACCGGUCGGUGAUUCUGCGCCUUAAGGAUGAUCAAGAUGGUGCAGAACCUUCUGGGAAUUCUGUUGCAUGUGGAAAUUUAGUGAGACUUGCUUCAUACUUAGAUCGCACUGAUCUGUCCAGUAAAGCAGAGAAACUUUUAAGUAGCAUGCAGGAAAUAUUAAUACAAUUUCCUGUUGCAUGUCCGGAAUUGGUCACGGCUCUAGUAACUUUGAUCGACUCCACUACUCAGGUUUACAUAAUUGGUAAGAAAGACACCGACGAUACCAAACAGUUAUUGAAAGUUCUACAAAGUAAAUUAGUGCCAGGAAAAAUCGUCAUGCUAGCUGAUGGAGUUAACCAGGACAAUGUUUUGUACAAGAAAAAUGAAGUUAUUGGAAAAAUGAAGCAGCAAAAUGGACGUGCCACGGCUUAUGUUUGUCAUCAUCACAUAUGCUCGCUACCAGUUACAGAUCCAAAGGAUCUUGAAUCGUUGCUUGAUAAAAAGAGUAUAGAAGCAAUGCAUUAAUACACACAAUCAGAAUCAUUGUAUAGCCAUGACAGCUAUGAGAAGACGCGUCUUCAAUCUAUCAAUUGUCAAGUUAUAGAACGUCAAAGUAAUUGUAACAUUUACAAAUCGCAAAUACUAUGCUAAUACGGCAAGCAGUUUAGCAUAACUGUAAGCAGUUUAGCAUAAUGAAUAGAGGGAAACAUUAUAUUGUUUAUCUGUUCAAAGCGAUUUUAUUAUCAUGCUAGAAUGAUCGUAUAAAGAUGUGUUGGGACCGGUUAAAAAAAAAAAAAAAACAUACGCCACCUAGUGUAAAGAUAAAAGAUAAAAUGAGUUAUUUGCCGAAAUAUUUGACUCCAUACAAGAUGGUGACGAUAAACAUUAUCAACGUUAUCCAGUGAACUUGGAUUAAUAUAGAGCUAUCAUUGUGUCGAUUGCUUCUACUUUAUUAUUUGUUACAUAUUAAAUAUUUGUAUAAAAAUACUGUUUAAAGAUGUAUAGUCGGAGUUGAGUGAGUCUAUAGAAAUUCAUGAAAGAAGAAAUGUAAUUUUGUAAAAAUGGGUUAAACGGUGAAUAAAACCUACUUCAAAGUAAAAA